AUGGGGCGCACAAAACGUCCGGAGCAUACCCAGACCCCUAAGAACUCGCAACAGAGACCACUGGACGGUUUUUUACAGCCGCAAGCCGGAUCGAGCGGAAGCUCCUCCAGCCCCAAAAUGGCGACGUCCCCCGCAUCGGAACAGGAGAUACCGGCGCUGAGCCGCAUUGAAAGCUCCCUGCGUGAUCUAACCGCCUCAGCAGUGACCAAAUCUGAUCUCCAGGCCAUCACCACCGCAAUCCAGGAAACCCUGCGCACCGAGAUAGCGGGGAUCCGUACAGAGCUCACCUCACAGGCGGGCCGCAUCACCGCAGUGGAGGAGGCGAGCGAGGCCCUUACAGCCCGCGUGGCAGCCACUGAUACGGCCGUGGCCCACCAGGGCGAGAUGCUACUAUCUGUGCGCCGACACCUGGAGGACGUGGACAACAGGGGCAGACGAUGCAACAUACGCGUCCGCGGAGUCCCAGAGACAGAGGGACCGGAGGACGCAGUGGCAAUACUCACUGAACUCUUCUGCUCCCUCCUACAGCCAUCCCCGCCAACGGAGAUAGAGUUUGAGAGGGCGCACAGGGCCCUGCGACCCCGCACGGUAGAAGAAGGCCCACGAGAUUUAAUCUGCUGCCUACACUCAUUCCCGGUGAAGAAUACCAUAAUGCUGAAAGCUCGGGAGCGGCAGACCUGGCCCUUCCGAGGGGCUCAUGUCUCCCUUUACAAUGAUCUCUCCCCCAUGACACUGGAAGCCAGACGGGCCCUACGCCCGGUCACAACCAUACUAAGAGACCAUAACAUAUCCUACAAAUGGGGAUUCCCCUUUGCUUUACAAGCCAGACACCAAAACCGAUGGCUCACCUUGAGAUGGCCUGAAGAAGUACCGCGCUUUAUGGGAGAAUUGGACCUUCCCUCACCGCCUGUCCCUGAUUGGAUACUGGGAUCAUUGAACCCGCAACCAAGACCGCAGAGGGGACCUAGACAACGAGGUAUGAGAGCACCCCCUGUUCAGCGCGCAGGAGGCCGAGGGGACCCGACAUCCCCAGAGGAAUAA